CCCGUGUGAUACAGAAUUGUGAGAAGAGCAGGGAAGGGUGCACACCUCUGGAUGAUUUGAAUGAUCUCCCGGCAUAACGAUGAGUGUGUUAGAGAGUAUCAAGGGUACUUUCCACAGUGUACAGCAGGAUAUAUUUGACGGUCUGAAGGCACUGACGUCACUGGAUGCUCAGCCUCGACAGGAUAUCCUCAAGCGAUUGCGAUCAGAUGGAGUCAGUCUCGAUGCAGGGGCAGAUUUGCUCAACAAAUAUCAGAGGACAUGGAAGGAGCUUCAGACGUACACCUCUCGUACAGCCAAGAAAGCCGAGGAGGUGGACAGCGAGAUCGGUCAGCUGUACAGCAAUUGGAACAAACAGGUGGACAUGGUCAGUCAGAUGGAAGAGGAGGUCGCUGAACUGCCGGACGUUGUCACACUCGUCAAGAAACUGACCACGGAUCUGGGGUACAUCAAGCGGGACUGUGAGGUCGUGGAGGGGGCCCUGGAGAGGUUGGAGAAUGUUGUUGAGGAACUGGAGCAUCAGAAGAACAAGAAAGCUCACCUGGUUCAGCUUGCAACUUACAAAAAGAAAAAGAUGGAAGAGGUGGAGAAGGUCAAAGGUCAGUUGGAAACAUUAAUCACAAUUAUGGUUGUUAGAGCCUGUGUGAGAUCAGAUCAUGCCUUAUCAUAGCUGAUAAAUAUUGCU